AUGAUGCCCCUGAUCAAGAACCUGGCGAACUUCUGGGUGUCCAAACGUGUCGACUUUCCGUAUCGAUGCGAGACUUGCGGCAAAGGUUACCAGCAUCGCGCCACUUUGGUCAGACACACCAGGCACGAGUGCGGCAAGGAGCCGCAGUUCAAGUGUCCCUACUGCGCUCACAGGACCAAGCAACGCGAUCUAUCGUGGUCCGGCUAUCAUUACCACGGCGGAACGGUCGACGAACGUAAGAUACCGUUAACGUCGAAUACCGCGAGCUCGAAGAUACCGCAGAGAUCUAGCAGCUGCUUGGACAAGAAACCGGGUUGCUUCAGGUGUCCCAGGUGCAACAAAGGCUAUCGUUGGCUCAGGAACAUGAAGAACCACCUGAGAAUCGAGUGCGGGAAAGACCCGAAGGAGUGUUGCCCGUACUGUCCUCAUAGAACGAAAUACAAGAGCAGCUUGCAGAAGCACAUCCUACGCAUUCACUUCGGAUGA